AUGAAGGUCAGCCUGGCUACCCUGGCCUUGCUCCUCACUGUUGCUGCCCUCCACACUGAAGCUGACAGAGAACCAGCUAAUGACCCGGUUAUCUGCUGUUUCGCCCACAUCUCUCUGAAAAUCCCAUUCAAACAUGUGCAAGCUUAUUAUAGGACAAGUGACGCAUGCCACCUGCCAGCAGUCAUCUUCCAAACCAAAAAAGGGUGGCUUUUCUGUGCCAACCCCAGCGAGGACUGGGUGCAGGAGUACAUCAGGGACCUGGACAGCAGGUCAAAGUGA